CACAUUCCGCAUUUCCACUCAGAAACGCAAGCUCAGUGAACGAGUCUAGAAGAACUGGUCAACGAUUGAGUCAUGGCAAGUGUCAUCUUACUGUCAACUAUUGUUGUGUAUACAUGCUCUGUCACCUUUAAUGAGAGCCGGUUUUCACAGACUGAGGAGCCAAAAAAUGGCAUUAGACCUCCAGACCAGGCGAAGAACAACUUUUCCUUACAUCACGAAUUGGAAAUUGAAGGUGUGCUUGAAGUGGUGAAAGAAACGGAAAGAUUUAAACUACAAAGGUGGGUGAACGACCAGAUGGCGUGGUUGGAACACAACUGUUCUUCAUUUUUAGAAUGCAGAGUCCCUGGAAUAUCUCUGGACCAGGCAUUGCCUGCUGUCACAGAUCUAGAACGCGAAGUCAACAUUACUUCACAUCUGUAUAACAGCACUGAUAUGACCGCAGAACAGAUGAUGUUCUCAGAGGAUGCUGUGCUUUUCCUCAAAGGCUCGCUGGUCACACGUGUCAUGCCCUCUUUCUACAUCUUCCUCUUCAUCAUUAGUUUGCCUCUAAACACUUUAGCCCUGAUGACGUUCACAUGUAAGAUUAAAGAAAAGAAACCGGCUGUGAUCUUCAUGUCAAACCUGGCGUGUGUGGAUCUGCUCUUCACCCUGCUGCUGCCUCUGAAGAUCCACUAUCACCUGAACGGAUCUCAUUGGGUGUUUGGUGAGGCGGCGUGUCGUAUGCUGACCUCUGCUUUCUACUGCUACAUGUACUGCUCCAUACUGCUGAUGAUGUGCAUGAGUGUGGAUAGACUGAUGGCACUGUUGUUUCCCUUUGCCUCUCUGACCUGGCGGAGUGUGAAGAAUUCUGUGUAUGUGUGUGCGCUGGUCUGGUUGCUGGCAAUCGCUGGUACGAUCCCACGUCUUUCAAUAACGCAAACCUUCAACGUCAAGCACGUGGGCAUCAACUGCCAUGAUGUCUCGCUCUACGACGCUGUAGAUCAGAAAUACGUGAACAUGUUCUCCAUCCUCUCCAUCCUCUUCUUCUUUCUGCCACUGGUCGUCACUUUGGCGUGUUACUCCACCAUUAUAAACUCUCUGAGUAAGUCUGGUCGCUUAGCAAAAUCAUCAUCAUCAACUUCAGAUCAACGAAGGAGAGCUGUGAUCAUGUUUAUUGCCGUGCUGAUAGAGUUUGUGGUCUGCUUUGCACUGACCAAUGUUAUCCUGUUGUAUCACUGUGUUCUUCUGGCCACAGGAGGUGUCGGCAGGGAGGGAAACACGUCAUAUAUGACUUACAUGUUAGCUCUGUGUGCGGGCUGUUCAAGUGUUUUUCCGGACCCUCUGCUGUACUACUAUGGGUCGUUUCAGUGCAAACAGCAGAUCAGGUCUGUGUUGAGGUGGAGAAGAACAAAAAAGGCAUCAAACAUAUCAUCCACAUAAAAUGUGAUUUGUUUAUCAAAUAUGCGUCAUAUUAAAAAAUAAUAUGUUACUAAUGUUACAGUAAACACAGUAAAUCGAGUAAAUAAUGAAUCAAAGAGUAAACAUUAUUCAACAUAAUAAAAUAACUUUGUGUUAUGAUA